AACCGAUAAGAGUAAAUUUUCAUCACCCAAUUUCAGUUUUUUAAAUCAUAUUUUGCUUACUGUCGUCUAUUACACAGUGAAAAUGCCAGCCGGUGAUACAGAGAAGCUUGAAGAGAGAAUAGAAUCUUUUACUAAAGACAUGAAGUUGGGAAACCAACAAGGUUCAUACAGUGUUGCCAGCAAUACAGUAAAUUUAUUAGUAAGAAUUAUAGCUCAGACAAAAUGGACCAGUGCAUUAGAUUUGAUGAAUAUCGUGAAAAGUGAAGGUAAAAGAUUAAUGUCAUCCCAGCCAUCAGAGACAGUUAUAGGUAAUAUGGUGAGAAGAAUAUUAAAAAUAAUCAGAGAAGAAUAUACAAGUGCUUCAAGAGGUACUACAGAAGAAGAAGAAUCUCAAGAUUCACUUCAUAAAUUAUUGUUAUCAGAAAAACAAGCUGAAGAUUUCAGUUCACAAACACCAACAUUAAAGGCAUCUGUCAUAGAGGCUGUAUCAGAAUUAAAAUCAGAAUUAGAAACAAGUGCUGAGAAUAUAUCAGCUCAGGCUUUAGAACAUAUACAUGCUAAUGAAGUUAUUAUGACCUGUGGAAAAUCAAAAACUGUAGAAGAAUUUUUAAAAAAUGCAGCCAAACAGAGAAAGUUUCAAGUGAUAGUUGUUGAAUGUGCACCAUUUUAUUAUGGUCAAGAAUUAGCAUUAAGUUUGGCUAAAUCUGGUAUAGAAACUAUGGUAAUUAAUGAUACAGCUGUAUUUGCUAUCAUGUCUAGAGUUAAUAAAGUUAUUAUUGGAACUCAUACAGUUAUGGCUAAUGGAGGAUUAAAAGCCAUCAAUGGAAGUCAUGCUAUAGCUCUUGCAGCCAAACACUAUUCUGUUCCACUUAUUGUUUGUGCAGCCAUGUUUAAGUUAUCACCACAAUACCUCUGUUCCUAUGACCAGGAUGCCUUUAACAAGUUUGUGAGUCCACAUGAAGUAUUGCCUUUUUCUGAGGGUGAAAUUCUAGCUAAAGCCCAGAUUCACAAUCCAGUAUUUGAUUAUGUUCCACCAGAGUUAGUCACAUUAUUUAUCUCAAACAUUGGUGGUAAUGCCCCAUCUUAUGUAUAUAGAUUACUCAGUGAAUUAUAUCAUCCUGAUGACCAUGAUUUAGAUAACUCUAAUAAUUCUCAUUAAAAAAAACUUAACACUGUGUCUGUAUCUAUAAUAGAUAGAACCUCUGGAGGAAUAGUGGUACUCAUGUAAAUGGCCCAGUUUAAUAACAAGUUUAAUAUUUCUAAGUCAGACCUCUUGGUGGUGCCAGCACAUUAUUGAAUAUAGUUUGGUUGAUACCAUUUCAGUGUCUUGUCAUAUUAUUAGGUUGAUAGGGAAAUUGGUAAUGCAAAUGCAAAUGAAUGGUUUUGGAUAAAUUUACUGCGUUCUCAUCUCAAAAUACUUAAUAUUGCAUAGUUGAUUCAUGGCAGUUAUUGCAACAUUUGAUGUAAUACUUUGAUAACUGAAAAUUAUGGGAUAGAAAGUUUGAUUGUGGAGUUUCUUUGAAAACAUAAAAGAAUAUUUAGUUGAAAUUAUUGAAUUACUGGAAAGAGAAAAAACUUAUAUAUAUAUAUAGCAAAUCUUUUUUAAUUAACCAAAUGUUACAAAAAAAGAAAAAAAAAAUGUAAAAAAGUACAAUAAAACACAAAGUUUAUUAUU